CUUGAAACAAAGCGAUCUAUAAGCAGCACAGAGGAGCUCCUUGAAGGUGUUCUUCCUCCUCCAGAAUGGGAACCCUGAUAAUUACAUUACUCUUUGUGUGUCUGCUCACAAGGCAGACCAUGCAGUUGGAGAGACAGCAUUGUGACAAGCAGUCCUUUUGUGACUGCUCUAAUGAAAGACUUCCUCAGGUCCCCAAGGUGCCUAAAGACACCCUGGGAUUCAACCUUUCCUUCAACCAAAUUGAAAUUAUUACAGAGGAUGACUUUCAAGAAUAUAGCCAUUUGAAAACUCUCUACCUGCAAAAUAACUGGAUUAAAUCUAUUCACGAAAGUGCUUUUUCUUCUCUUGGUAACCUGGAAAGACUUGACCUGUCCUACAACCACCUUGCCACAUUAUACUCGUAUUGGUUUGACUGGCUUAUCUCACUUCGGCAUCUAAACCUCUUAGGGAAUACUUACGAAAAAUUAGGGAGAGGAUUUCUUUUUUACCGGCUGGGACAGAUGAGAACCUUGCGGUUAGGGAGUCCCCGGCUUUAUUACAUGGGCAAGAAUGACCUGGUGGGUUUGAGAGAUCUAGAUGAAAUGGUGCUAUCUCUCAACCACCUGAUUCAUUAUGAGAAGGGUGCCCUCAGACAAAUCCAACUCAAUGGCUCCCUUACCCUUUGCCUUCGCCAUUCAUUUCAGAAUGAUUUGGUUCUUGUGAAAAACAUCUUGAAGGACAUCUGCAACUCUGAUAUUUCUCUGACUAUUGCUGAUGUGAUGAUGAAUAGUAAUGCCACCGUCCAGCCAUUUGUUGAAGCCAUGAAGAAGGGUGUGACAAGGUUUUCCUUAAAUAAUGUGACAGCCACUGAUGAAGCCAUCAUUUACUUCCUGAUGGCAAUGGAUAACUCUCCAAUAACAUUUUUAGGGAUUGAGGAUUCAUCAUUUCUUGGACGUGGCUUUUGGGACAAUGUAAAUGCCACACGCUUUGACAAGCUGGAAACAUUGUAUAUAAAAAAUCUAGCAAUUCAGGAUUUUUAUGCAUUUAGUUCUCUCAGUUACCUCGAAAAUAUCCUUGAAUUCCCCAAGAAUAUAUCUGUCAUUAACAGCCAAGUCUUUCUCAUGCCCUGCCCAACGUCUAGGCUCUUGAAAAGGUUGGAAUAUCUGGACUUCACUGGGAACUUGCUCACUGAUAUUGCCAUGAGAGAGUCCAUGUGUGAUGGACAUGGUACGUUGCAGCAGCUCAGAUCUCUUAAUGUGAGCAAGAAUUCUCUUAGGUAUCUUGAUAUAAUGAGCCACUUAGUCAGAAACCUCAACAAGCUUGAGUCCUUGGAUUUAAGUCAAAAUGUAUUUUCUGAAAUGCCUGUAGUGUGCACUUGGCCCACAAGUCUGCGAUACUUAAAUCUGUCCUUGACCCAACUACGGGACAUAACAGCAUGUCUCCCAAAGAGUUUGCACGUUUUAGAUUUACGUGGCAAUUACCUGACUGUGUUUGACAUAGAACUACCUUACCUCAAAGAGCUCUACAUCUCAGGCAACAAGUUCAGGAGCUUGCCCUCAGGAAGGUGGUUCCCAACCCUACAGUUACUGCAGAUCCAGAAAAACAUUAUCAAAAUGUUUGACACAAUGGAUUUGAAGGAGUAUAAGAACUUGCAAAAUCUGGAAGCUGGCUACAACAUAUUUGACUGUUCAUGUGAAUUUUUGGCUUUUAUGCAGCAGAAGGUAGGACAGUUAGUCAGGAUUGUUGAUGGACCAGAUAGCUAUGUGUGUGACACACCAGUUGAUUUGAGAGGACAACUGAUUGUAGAUGCACACCUCUCCAUAUUUGAGUGUCACAUGAUGGUGGCUGUGUCUGGACUAUCCACUAUUGUCUUUUUGGCAACACUCAUCUGUGGGAUCCUUUGUUACAAGCUCCAUGUUUUUUGGUACAUAAGGAUGACCUGGGCUUGGCUUCAAGCUAAGAGGAAACGAAAGAUUAAUGCGAACAUCGCCAUCUGCUAUGACGCUUUUGUUUCUUACAGCGAGAGGGAUUCUGAGUGGGUUGAGGAGUUCCUGGUCCAGGAACUGGAGGGAGCCCAGCCACCAUUUCGGCUCUGCCUGCACAAACGUGACUUCCUUCCUGGGCAGUGGAUAGCAGACAACAUUAUCAAUGCUAUGGAGAAAAGCCACACAACUCUCUUUGUCCUGUCCCAGCACUUCGUCAGCAGUGAGUGGUGCAAGUAUGAGCUUGAUUUCUCGCAUUUUCGCCUGUUUGCAGAGAAUAAUGACACUGCUGUCCUGAUUCUUCUGGAGCCCAUCUCCAAGGAAACCAUUCCCAAGAGGUUCUGUAAACUGCGCAAAUUUAUGAACUCAAGAACCUAUUUGGAGUGGCCAGAAGAUGAGAUGCAAAGACCUCUAUUCUGGGACAAUCUCAAGGUAGCAAUUAAAAGAGAUUACGCCUAACUUGGCUUAGAAAGUACAAGAAAGUCUCAAUGGCCAAUAUUCACUGUUUGUAAACAUGAGGGAAGACCGGGGAAUAACAAAAAACUUUUAGGUUUUCUCCUAAUGAAACAAUAUAUAGCCUAGACACAUUAGAGCAAAUAUUUCUUUAUCCAGAAAGAAGAUGCAUGUCUUCGACCUCGGUACAGUUCUCGGCGAUUACAGUUUAGUCAAAAUCAGCAGGAGUGAAACUGUUCCAACAUGGCCCGGUGGCAAGUACCUUUCCAACAAGGUAUAAUGUGUCAUAUUCUGGCAAAGUGUUUAGGGAUAUCGCUGCGUUUGCAUAGCAGAAUGACUAUACAGAAAUGUGCAAUUACAGGAUUUGGACUUGAUAUAGAUGUAAACCUGUCAUUUUACUAGCUAAUGGGGCUAAAAGAACUAUGGUUUAUCUAAUUUUGAAAUAAAAUUCCAGUUUACAUGCGAUGCAGUUUUGUUAUAAAGCGCUAGGUUGAGUAAUCCUUUUCAGAGAGCUUUUUGAACACUUUUGAUACUCUCAUAUAUGUGAAUAAAACACGUGUGAAGGUUAAUUUGCUUGACAUUUUGUAUAAAGAAAAUCUGUUUUAAUAGAAAAAUAAGAUAUAAUGCUCAUUCAUGUGUCUCGGCAAAAAGAUAUGUAGAUGUUUUGUAUUUGGAUAGAUUUGGGGGCACUUGAGGACAUCUGGAUGCAGUUUUGGGGAAAACUUACGUGGAGUUUUAAUGCCUGUUGAUAUGUUUAACAUAAUUUGUACAUAAGUUCACAUCAAGUUUGUGCACAAAUACAACGUAGUUGUGGGUUGGUCCUUGACUUAGAAAUUGAGAUAUUCAUUGCUAAACUAUAAAAACACAAGGCUUUUUGUAAUUUCUUUGUAUUAUAGUAUAACUCUUGUGGACACUGUAUGUACAUGCUCUGACAUAAAUUUGUUCUGUCUCAAAUUCA